AUGGUCCAUCGUCCCCCGUUCCUGGGCAACCGACGUUUGCUCCCCAUUUUGAAGAAGAUACCCUACCUGGAUGUUGAGGACGUCAGGCGACCGUGGGAGGAGAUGCCGGCCGAGCAGCGCCAACAGCGCGAGGAGUUCGUCAUCGAGUCGACCAUGGCCGCCUACCACAGUGAUAAAGCCUUUUACACCCGCGAUGCCAUACGCCAGCUAGAGGAGCAGCUGCAGGCUGCCGAGCGGCCCAGAAACAGACCCGAAUGGCGGCACAGGCUGCUUGAUCGAUGCUGGACCCCCAACAGAGCGUGGGUCAAGAUCACUGAUCUCGAUGGCAUCGUGCACCACAGAAGUGUCUGGAUCCCAGGCAUUGUUACACGAGAUGGUGAUGGUCAUGCCUCGCGCAAUGGGCGUACGCACAUCAGAUUCCGCACCAUCCAGGAACUUACCAUGCCCGACCCCGACUCCGACCCAGCUCGCGAGCCGUUUGUGUCCGACCAGCGGACAUCCUCAGUAGCCUACACCCCAAUUACCACAGUCUACCGCCUACACGAAGACGACAUGGAUGACAAGCUCACUGUUGGUGAUGCCAUCUUUGAGCAAGUGACUCUAGACGAGAUGCAAGAUCUACUCUCGCAAUACAGGCAGUUCAUCUCGCAGUCGAGUGAAUGGCAGUCAAUGGUCAGCUCGCUGGGUGCCACAAGGCAGUCUCUCAAGAGCGUUGACAAUAUUGUCUUCUUUUACGCCCUGGGCAUGAGCGACGAUUCCCUAGCUUGCAAGCGGGCAUUAUUCAUGCUUGCCGUUGUCACGCAUCUACGCGAUCUCGUUGGCAGGCCGAUCCCCAUCUACGUGCCAGCAUAUGAUCGCUUCCGGAAAUGGAACGACGACGAGAAACAGCUCUUGCAUGAUAACUCGGUCAUCUUGGUCGAGGCUAACGGCGAGCUCUUUCUCAAGAUAAACGAGAAUGCCGCUGUCGUCUCGUACCGCAACUGGAACCCGGUCAAGCAGGUGGUUGCCGACAUGCGAAGCCAGCCGUGCUAA